AUGGACAUUACCUCCUUGACCAAUGGAUCAAUGCAGGCUUGGGUCUCCGGGCAUCCACUUGCUUCCCAGCGACAAGCGGGCAAAAAGGGCAUCUACCACUACAGAGUUACCGUUGAUAUGCGAUACUGUUAUGGUUAUAUCAGCUGGUCAGACUCGGUUACUUAUGGCCAUUUUCAAAUAGAGGAGCCAACGAAUAUUCAAUGCCAGGUUUUCCCUUUUAAUGUGGCUACCUGGAACAAGACACAAUGGGCAUUCAACGCAAAAACGUUUAUCCAGGCAGCCCUUGCUGGAAAGACCACUGAUGACAGUUUCUGGACGACUGCGAUGCCCUUAAUUCCAAUCGUUAGUGAUCACUCAUCUAUCCACAGAGUGUUUGGUCCGCCGACAGAGCGGAAACCACGGUGUAGCACAAUCCCUUCAGACUCAUUUGCAAUUGCUGAGGGUGUAAUAAGGGCAUCGAGGACGGGCAUGACGGCUUUGGGAAUGGCACUCCAGGGGCUGGUAAUCGUGACGGCCAUCAUGGCCCUAUGCUUGAUUGUCUGGCCGAGACUGCCACUACUUACAGAGUGGCCUGUACAGUGGCUUGCUUUGGCAGAAGGUUUAGAUCAUGCUGCAGUAAAGGAAGCAGUGAAAGGAGGGAUCACAGCAUCUAGUGUUGAGUCCAGCGCUGUCGUGUUUCUGUCAUUAUCCCAUGGAGGGAGCAACGAGGUGCGUCUAACAGGUGUCAGGUGA